AUGCCCAACCCGUACAUUGGAAACAGUGAUGCGGCGCGUUACAUCGAGUACUACGCCUCCCCUCGCAUGCAGCGGGACGCCGUGCAGCGCCUCUACCACAAGGACAUGCAACACCGCCAGGAGUCGCAGCGCCGCGCAGAGGAGGCGGUGUACCCGCCGCCGCCACGGAUCUACCGCACCCAAAGGGAAAUUGACGAUUAUGUGAACGCGAUGGUCAACAAGGAGGUGUUUAGGCGGCAAAAGAAGUUGGCAGAGUUGGAGUGGGAGUUGUACCACCCCACACCCACGCGGUACUUCACGGAACAAGAAAUGGAGCGGCAUGUGCAGCACAUGUACAACCAGCAGCUGCGUAAGCGCGAGCACCGGGAGCGGGAGAAGCAGCGACUUUUUGGCGUGACGCCCAUUCAGAAGAAAGAGGCGCAGGAGCGAGCAAAGUUCCACGAGCUGGAGGACAACUGGCGGCCCUCGUCGCUGCAUAUAAAAUACGAAGAUGGGAAGCAACUACUUGUAUCUGAGUUGGCUGCCCUCAACGCUGCCGCUGCACCAUCACCUGCGACGCUGGAGCGAGAAACGCGUAGUCAGCGGCACGCCGAUCCGGAACGACUGCGGUUGCUCGCACAGCCGUUGCGAGUGACGCCAAAGGUGCAGAAGGAGACAAAAGGGAAUGCGCUGAUGCCGCCAUUUUGUCUCUUCGGGGAUGUCAUCAGAAGAGGUGAGAAGCGGCGGUGA